CAUAUCACUCACGAACAAAGUCGCCUCCCUCCAUCCGUUAUCGUCCUGGUUGCGGAUGUAUGACCUCGGCCCCGAGUUUCCAAUCUCGCAGGUCGUGAUCGAAAUCUGGGAGGCGCAUCACAGCUGAGCUGAGUUAGAGCGCUCUCUCUCUUUCUCUCUUGCCCGCGGCGGAGAAAGUCAGACUGAGAAGUAUACAUUUACUCUCAGAUGACAGUUUACCGUCACUGGAGUGCAGGCGAGUUUGAGAGUUGCUGGGGAGUGAGAGACUGAGAGAGUGUUCCGGUUGCCUGAUCUGACCUUGAUUGGUCAGUGAGUGAGUGAGUACUCGAGCUAGACACUGCCGUGAAGUGGAGUGGAGUGAAGUGUUUCGCGAUUCGGCUCGAUCAAUGUGCAAAAUUCCUUCUUUUUGAAUCGACGCAGACACAAAGAUGGCUAUCUCCAGCUGACAACAAUCUUCUGACUGCUGAAAGUUCUUGGCCGAAAACUGCUGGAACCUGACUGCAUCCAGAGCUACAAUGUCUAGCCUCGAAGCUCAUAAUGUACGUGUAGUAGGAUCAGGGGACGAGAUCGUGGUCCUUGGACACGGUUUUGGAACGGAUCAGUCAUGUUGGAAGCAUCUCGUACCCCAUCUGGUCAAGAACUAUCAAGUUGUUCUAUUUGAUCUGAUGGGAAGUGGAACUACGAACCCGGAGAGUUUUAACCUCCAGAGAUAUUCCACACUCAAUGGGUAUGCGGAUGAUUUGCUUGCAAUUCUGGAGGAACUCGAGAUCGAAAGAUGUAUCUUCGUUGGGCACUCCGUCUCAGCUAUGGUUGGAUGCCUGGCAUCUCUGGAAAGACCGGACGCCUUCUCAAAGAUAGUCUUGGUGUCCGCGUCUCCACGCUACUUGAACGAACCAUUCUACUUUGGAGGGUUUGAACAAGAAGAUCUGAAUCAGUUGUUUGAGGCAAUGCAAUCCAACUUCAAAGCGUGGGUGACGGGCUUUGCUCCUCUUGCGGUCGGAGCGGACAUAGAAGCACCAGUCGUGCAGGAAUUCGCGAGAACUCUCUUCAACAUCAGACCUGACAUUGCACUGAGCGUGGUCAAGACAAUCUUUCAAAGCGAUGUGCGUAAGAUCCUUCCACUAGUCACUGUUCCUUGCCAUAUCCUGCAGAGCACGAAAGAUCUCGCAGUUCCUGUAGUUGUCGCCCACUACUUGGAGCGCUCUCUGGGUGGUGAAACGCACAUGGAAAUUUUCCCCACCGAAGGUCACCUUCCUCAACUCAGCUCUCCAGAGGUGGUCAUUCCUGUUAUCCUGAGGCACAUCUCAGCAGUUACCAACGAGCAUAUGGAAAUGAGCUGAGUUUUUAUAUAGCAGAUCAUUGUAUAUAGGAGAGCCCUUGCUAUAUACAAUUCUUCAGUGCGUUUUGUACAUUUCUUUCCUGUUGCGAACCGAGUUUAGUUUUCCUUACUUGAGUUCAACUCGCAGUAAUCACCCGAGGGUUUGAAGCCAAGUGUGUACUGAAGUCUCUUUAGACCUUUCACCUGGUUCCCAUUUGUGAUGCAUAGAACAUGAGGAAGACCGACGAAUAAGAUCCAGGUUACCGUGAAUAAUAAAGUUACUGUCAAGCUUGAAUUAAAUAGCUUGCACUUAUCAUCU